UUGUACUUUUCUGGAAAAAACAACUCUUUACUUAAUUAUUCUAAUAAGUUUAUAACUCCUUUUUUCGAAAUCAGAAAAAGACUCUACCUUCAAUACAUUUUACUUUCUUUCCUUUGUUUCAAAGACACCCCUUUCAUUCAGCAUAAAAAAAGGCUACUCUUUCAUUUCCCAGCUUUUCUUUUCAUUACCCACAGACUGAAAUCGAAAUAUUUUCUCUAAAGACUCUCUCUUUUCUUUGAAAAAAAAAAUGGGUGAGGAGCACCACCAUGCACCGCCACCAGUUCAGGCGCCUCCAGCUGGUCCACCGCCUAAUCUUGCACUUUCUAGAGGUCCAGUGUGGAAUCCAGCUGAACAACUCUUGCAACUUCACUAUUGCAUCCACUCAAAUCCUUCUUGGCCGGAGGCGCUUCUACUGGGAUUUCAGCACUACAUUGUGAUGCUUGGAACAACUGUUCUGAUUGCAACCACGCUGGUUCCUGCAAUGGGUGGGAACCAUGGUGACAAGGCCCGUGUUAUUCAGUCAUUGUUAUUUAUGUCUGGGUUGAACACACUGCUUCAGACUUGGUUUGGAUCAAGGCUUCCAACUGUGAUGGGUGGAUCAUUUGCUUUUCUACUCCCAGUGUUGUCCAUAAUAAAUGAUUACACAGACAGAACAUUUCCUUCUGAGCAUGAGAGGUUCGUCUACACUAUCAGAACAAUUCAAGGGUCGCUCAUUGUUUCUUCUUUUGUCAAUAUCUUCCUUGGGUUUAGUAAGACAUGGGGAAAUUUGACAAGGUUGUUUAGUCCCAUAAGCAUUGUACCUGUGGUAUGUGUGGUGGGUCUUGGUCUGUUCUCCAGGGGCUUUCCAUUGCUUGCAAAUUGUGUGCAGAUUGGCUUACCUAUGCUCAUUCUACUUGUAAUAACACAACAGUAUUUGAAGCGUCUUCAUCAUGCUGCACAUCAUGUACUUGAGAGGUUUGCUUUACUUCUCUGCAUUGCUGUCAUCUGGGCAUUUGCUGCUAUCCUUACUGUCGCAGGUGCGUAUAAUACUGCUAAAACACAGACCCAAGUGAGUUGUCGCACAGAUCGCUCAUAUCUUAUGUCUUCUGCUCCAUGGAUUAAAGUUCCAUAUCCAUUCCAGUGGGGUACCCCCAUAUUCAGAGCCAGUCAUGUGUUUGGGAUGAUGGGGGCUGCACUUGUCUCUUCUGCUGAGUCAACUGGUGCUUUCUUUGCUGCAGCCAGGCUUUCUGGUGCAACACCACCUCCUGCACAUGUGCUUAGCCGAAGCAUUGGGUUUCAGGGCAUUGGCAUGCUGAUUGAAGGCAUAUUUGGUUCCGUUGUUGGUACUACUGUAUCUGUUGAAAAUGUGGGCCUACUUGGUCUAACACAUAUAGGGAGUCGCAGAGUUGUGCAGAUAUCAUGUGGUUUCAUGAUCUUCUUUUCUAUUUUUGGGAAAUUUGGAGCCUUUUUUGCUUCGAUUCCCCUACCGAUAUUUGCUGCUAUAUACUGUGUUUUGUUUGGUAUUGUGGCUUCUGUUGGAAUUUCUUUUAUACAGUUUGCAAAUACCAACUCCAUAAGAAAUAUCUAUGUUCUGGGCAUAACCUUGUUUCUAGCAAUAUCAGUUCAACAAUAUUUUGUCACUAACACUGCACCAGAUGGUCAUGGUCCAGUUAAAACAGAUGGUGGAUGGUUUAAUGACAUUUUGAACACCAUAUUCUCUUCUUCCCCAACUGUGGCUAUAAUUGUUGGGACCCUUAUUGACAACACACUUGAAGGAAAAUCUAAAGCUGUGGACAGAGGACUUCCAUGGUGGGGUCCUUUUCAGAAUAGGAAGGGAGAUGUUAGAAAUGAUGAGUUCUACCGUCUACCUCUCAGGAUAAAUGAGUAUAUGCCCACCAGAUUUCUCUAAAGUACUCAUAUAUGCUUCUACUUAACCCCUUCUGUGAGCUUAAUUAUCAAAAUUUCAUGUACAACGACCUUGUAAAAUAUGGUUAAACUAAUUUUUCCUCAAGUGGUCAGAAGCCAAAUUUUACCUUGUAUAAAUGGAUUGGAAUAGUAAUUCUUUGGAUAAACUACUCCAGAAAGAUGCUGAAAUUACCUUUCUCCUCUUAUUCAAA